AUGCAGGAAAUUCUCCCUGCAAGCCAGUCAAUCGUUUUCCCUGAGUUCACAAUACGUUGUCCGGCGAGCGAGAAAGCGCGAUUCGUCGCCUUGUCCCUGAAUUCUGACGACAACGUUCCGUUGCAGGACAGACACGAAAUCCAGGUCGAUAAGAAAGGCAGAAGAGAGUUCCUUAGCGUGUGCUUGGCGCCAUUAUGGGGCACCACUCCGAAAUGGCUUUUGCUUAUCGAAUUCAUUGAAUAUUACAGAUUGCAGGGAGUCGAACAUUUCUACGUGUAUAGACAGUCCACUGACAAUUAUACAGAAGCAGUCUUGAACAGCUACGAACGUGAAGGAAUUGUGGAGCUAGUGAACAUCGGUGAGACGAACGGCUGUAUGAAGAGGCAUCGGUGCCGCCAUGAGAUGCAACUUCAG